UUGCAGUGUGUCAUUAUCCCUCGAGGAACAACAGUGGGUCACCCUUAGGAAAUCCCCACACACACGUAAUUUUUUCUGAGUGGGCGGAGAGGAAGUUAAUUAUAUCAGUGAGUGUAUAUAUAGAGUAAUUCUUAACGGCAGUGCACAGCGAACACCUCUCACUGGAGUCAUCACUAUGAAGCUCUCCUCUGUUGUAAAAGCCUUGGGAUCUCUGUGUGUGCUGCUUGCAAAUGGAUUCCCAGUGUCUGCGGAUGGAUCUCCACACAUCAUUGGGGCAGAUCGAGUCCAAAUCAAAGCUCAUCCAGGUGAGCCACUGAUUCUUCACUGUGAUGCAGUUACAAAUAGUAAAGAUGGAGUGACGCUCAUCUACUGGCUCGUCAAUGGCUCUUUUCCUGAGGAGAUACCCAGCAGGGACAGAAUAGUAGAAUUAGACCAAUCAACGUUGGAGGACGGCACAAUCCUCCAGAGGAGAUUGCUGUUGAAGAACGUCACACCAGAGGACUUAAGAUCCACCUUCACCUGUAUGGUGACGAGCGCUGUUGGAAUGGCCCAGAAGCAAAUAAAGCUAAGAAGAAUAAGAAAGAAAGGAAAACACUGAAUGUUCGUAACACCAAUGGAUUUCUCUUCAUUUAUUAAUAACGGUGAAUCAACUUAAUCUGUGAAUUUUAUAUUAGAUGUUGCACUGUUUGGUGAGAGCCAAUACAGACCAAACAGCAAGUGAAGUAUAUUAGUACCCUUUCUAUUUUACACAGCAUUUUAAUGUGGAACUGAAUGUACCUUUGAUACAGUUGAAGUAAAGCAGGGCUAUCGUUUAUCUGCAGAAUAUAGAGAGAAUAUUGUAACACUUUGAUUUGCUAUGGUUGUGUAUCAUUCCUGUGUCUGCUGGCAUUAAGAUAUUUUUUAUGUGUAAACCAUUGAAGCAUUUGCAAUCAUUUCACUCACAAACUAAAGUGUUUAGUGCUGAUUGAACCCUGAGGUUGUUUUCCUAUAUAUUUAUGAAUUAAGUACCAUUUAUUUCAAACAGACAACUUGUGUCUGUCUGAACGGGUGUCACUGUCUCUACCCCACGGUUAGUCUCAUGUGCAAGUACACUGAACACUGUGGUAGUGAUGUGAGCUACAGGGUUUAGAGUAAAGCUGUGUUUUAGUUGUGUAAUGUACGCAAUGACAGAACUUCAGCUCUUCAAUGUGUCGACUGCAGUAACUGAUCAGCAGAUUCAGUUUUCACACAUUCGCCACACAGCUAAUAGUUAUAAUCCUCAUGAUACUUUAUAUUGCCUUAAUAGUGCAGUAAUUAAAAAGCAAUUUGUCCCCUUAAAAUCUGUCCUUUUCCCAGAACCCCCCCUGCUUGUAAAUUAGAUGUCAAACAUAUACUAUAUCUAUAUAAAGGUAACAUCUGUGAGGUUUCUGCAGAGGUGUAAGCCUCAGUACAGAUGUUACUAGGUUGGAGUAAAUAAAGUAAAUAAAUCAGUGUGACUGUGGAACUUAAAGCAGCA